AUGAAUGAUAUAAUUUUUAAUAUUAAUGGUAAAUUGAGCCAAUAGUGUUGUAUAUUUUAAGAAGAGUUGCAAGAAUUACUUGAAACAAUGUUAAAAGAUGGUAAUGUUUUUCAGAACGCCAGAUAUUAUGAAAACUCAAAAUAUAGUCUUACUUUAAGAGCUUAAAAUGUUAAAUAAAAAAAAUUGUGUGCUAUUUAAAUAUUUUACUUUCCUUUUGUAGACAAUUUAAGUACCCUAAAUGAGAAUUAACUGAAAGGAGAUCUACCAUUUAAGUUUAUACUUUCGUAAAGUAUUUUUAAGAAGUUUCUGAUAAAUGAGUAUACAUUUGAUAUAUAUGAAACUAUGAGGUAGUCUUAUAGAUUUUAAGAUCUAGAACAAAAUUAAAAUAACAAAGUAAAACAUUUGAAAGAUGCAUUCAAAGACUACUUUGAGUUAAAAUAUGAGUUUGGAAACGAUGUAGGGAAUGGAAUUUAACAAUCAAUAAGCAGCUGUACAAAUCUAAUUAGUUUGAAUAUGACCAUUUAGAUAAAAAAUAAUAGCUAUAAACUAAGUAUGAGAGGUUUAUGCAAAGGUAUAACAGAAUGCAAGAAUAUAUCAACUCUUAUUUUAAAUUUAAUAUUUUGUGGAGUAGAUGGUGAAGGAGCUAUUUAAAUCGGUAAUACCAUAGGAAAAUGUUCUAAUUUGCAAAACUUUUAGCUUAAUUUAGAUGGAAGCCAGAUAGGUUAAGAUGGCGUAAUAGGUUUAGCAGAAGGAAUUUCUUAUUGCUAAAAUUUAUUUUGCUUGGUUUUAAGUUUGAACUUUUGCUACAUUUAAGGUGAAGAACUGCAAAUAUUACUUUAAAAAAUUCAGAUGUGCCCUUUAAUUUCAAAGUUAGAAUUACAUUUAUCAGAAAAUGAACUGAACUAUGAAGAUUUGACUGAUAUCUCUAGUUAAUUUAGUUAAUUUAGCUAUCUGUAUUAGCUAACUCUUUCAUUUAACUUCUUGAUUAUGAUGCCAGAUACUAUUUUAAAAAUUGCUAAUGAUAUUUCAUAAUGCUAAAAUCUGCAAUAUUUGUCUUUAAAUUUAAAAAAUUGUGAAUUAAAUGAGGAUAUAGCUGGAAUGUUAGGUGAUGGUUUGAGCAAGUGCCAAUUACUAAAAUCUUUGAAUUUAAAUUUACUAGGAAACGAAAGCAUAUAAACAGAAGGAGUGCUUAAGCUUCUUGAUGGAAUAAUAAAUUGCUAAAAUAUUAACAAUCUCUCAAUUAAUUUAUUUAAUUGCUUCUUCAGUUGUUUGGAUUAAUUUAUUGGGAGAAAAAUUCGGAAGAUGUCAAACCUAAAAUAGCUUUAAUUGCUGACCAACAGCUUAGUUUAAGCUAAGACAAUUAAUCAUAUAAGGAAAGCAUUAAGAUUAGUUAAUUUUAUUAGAUAAUGA